CCUCCCAGAAGGCGGUGCAGCCAGCCAGAGCGAGCCUCGCGGAGGGUUGUGGGGCGGGUAGCUCCCCUCUAGAUGGAGACUCAUGAAGUAGGAUAGGCGGAGGACUCCAUUUCCCAGCAUGCCCCGCGGCGGGCCCUACCGGCCGCGAUUCCGGGCUCGGCCCCGGCCCUAGCUCGUCGGCGGAAUACUGGGGCGCGUGGAAGCUGUAGUCACGGUGGCGCCUGUAGGGACGGAGGAGGGAAUGAGCGAAGAGGAGCAAGGCUCCGGCACUACCACGGGCUGCAGGCUGCCCAGUAUAGAGCAAAUGCUGGCCGCCAACCCCGGCAAGACCCCGAUCAGCCUUCUUCAGGAGUAUGGGACCAGAAUAGGGAAGACGCCUGUGUACGACCUUCUCAAAGCCGAGGGCCAAGCCCACCAGCCUAAUUUCACCUUCCGGGUCACCGUUGGCGACACCAGCUGCACUGGUCAGGGCCCCAGCAAGAAAGCAGCCAAGCACAAGGCAGCUGAGGUGGCCCUCAAACACCUCAAAGGGGGGAGCAUGCUGGAACCGGCCCUGGAGGACAGCAGUUCUUUUUCUCCCCCAGACUCUUCACUGCCUGAGGAGGUUCCGGUUUUUGCUGCUGUGGCAGUUGCUGCUCCUGUUCCAUCCACUGUCUUAAUCAGGAGCCCCCCCAUGGAGAUGCAACCCCCUGUCUCCCCUCAGCAGUCUGAGUGCAACCCCGUUGGUGCGCUGCAGGAGCUGGUGGUGCAGAAAGGCUGGAGAUUGCCAGAGUACACGGUGACCCAGGAAUCCGGGCCAGCCCACCGCAAAGAGUUCACUAUGACCUGCCGAGUGGAGCGUUUCAUUGAGAUUGGCAGUGGCACUUCUAAAAAGCUGGCCAAGCGUAAUGCAGCGGCUAAAAUGCUGCUUCGAGUGCACACAGUGCCUCUGGAUGCCCGGGACGGCAAUGAGGCGGAGCCUGAUGACGAUCACUUCUCCAUUGGUGUGGGCUCCCGCCUGGAUGGACUUCGCAACCGGGGCCCAGGCUGCACCUGGGAUUCUCUGCGAAAUUCUGUGGGAGAGAAGAUCCUGUCUCUUCGCAGUUGCUCCCUGGGCUCCCUAGGUGCUUUGGGCUCUGCCUGCUGCAGUGUUCUCAGUGAGCUCUCUGAGGAGCAGGCCUUCCAUGUCAGCUACCUGGAUAUUGAGGAACUGAGCCUGAGUGGUCUCUGCCAGUGCCUAGUGGAACUGUCCACCCAGCCAGCCACUGUAUGUCAUGGCUCUGCAACCACCAGGGAGGCAGCCCGAGGUGAGGCCGCUCGCCGUGCCCUGCAGUACCUCAAGAUCAUGGCAGGCAGCAAGUAGAGCCUCAGAUGGACUCAUGGAUGUGUACUCUUUGCUCCCUGCAUAUUCUGCCUUUGGGCCCACGUAUCCACUCAGCUCUGGUACCUUCUGGAGGUGCCAUCUCUACCUCUGACACAAGACUGCCUGCCUUGAGCUGAAGAAGGCACAGGGCAAGGAGCCAGGGACCACUGGGCCUCAGCCAGCCCAGAGUGUCUACCUAUAGGUGAUGACAAGUGGGAAGGGGGCUAUAUUAGAGUCCAGAAUAAACAUGCUGCUCCUAGGUUUCUUAAA